ACCUUCAUUUGGCUGAGAACAAGUGCAUAAUUUGUGCUGUUGAAAUCAGUGGGAGGUGGAGCUCUGAGUCAGUUUAUACAGCUCUGGUUCCCUGCCGCUCUGCUGGUUGGAGAAUAGUGUCAGGAGUCAGCUGUCAGCUGGACCAUCACACUUCUGUCUUUUAUGAAGUAGAGGUAUAAUGGGAUCCUCAGCCUACUCACCUCUGGAUCGGUUCAUCCAAGCAAACCCACACAGGGAAAUUGGGAUCAGGAAGGGGAAUCGUGGAAGAACAUGCAGCACUGAAGAUGAGAUAGAAAUAUCUCAGUUGUGUUGGCUUACUGUAAAAAUUAUAGGCAUGAGAAAUCUCCGCAAAGCAGACCUGUUGAGCCAAAGCGACUGCUACGUGAGGCUGUGGCUGCCAACAGCUUCACACCAGGAAGCCCGGACAAGAACAAUAUCCAACUGCAGGAACCCCAUCUGGAAUGAAACCUUUCAUUUCAUGAUACAAAGUGAAGUAAAGAAUGUGCUGGAACUGACAGUCUGCGAUGAGGACACCAUCACACCUGAUGAUCAGCUUUUGACUGUUUGCUUUGAUGUAGCCAAAAUCCAACCUGGAAAGAAGGUCCGCCUGAGUUUUGAGUUGGAUCCAGAGAAUCAGGAAGAACUGGAAGUGGAAUUUCUACUGGAUAAUGUACCAGGUGUAUCUGAAAAAAUAGUCACUAAUGGUGUGCUAGUGUCUCGAGAGGUUUCCUGUGUGGAAGUGCAAGUGGAUGACACAAAAAUGAGGAGUCCUGACGCAAGGAGAGAUUUCACCUUCACAAUGAAGGGAUCCUAUGAAGAAACCAAGAACAUUUCCAUAGGUCCUUCCUUCAGCCAGAGAGGCAGUGAUUCUACCAUGUUCCACUAUAUCAAGUACAGCCAACCCAACCUGGACAUGGUGUUGCCAAAGGAACAUUUAUACUGUGGUCGUGAUUCAGACAGGAGGGAAAAGGAUAGAAAUAGUCCUCUAUCUGUGCCUCUGAAUUCUCUGGACCUGGGAAAGAAAAUGACAGUAGUGAGAGAUGCAUCUUAUGAAGUGUCUGUGAAGGAAGACGAUGGUAACAAGAAUUUAGAUCUGCGUUUGGGGUUUGAUUUAUGUGCAGAGGAAAAAGAUUUCAUCUGUAAAAGGAAGAAGGUUGUUGCUGCUGCUCUAAAAAAUGUUCUUCAUCUCGAUGAAGACCUGCAGGAGGAUGAGGUGCCAGUGGUGGCAGUCAUGACCACAGCAGGAGGAGUGCGGUCCAUGACGUCAAUGUUUGGCAGUCUUCUAGCUCUACAGGAGUUAGGUGUUUUGGACUGCAUCUCAUACAUCAGUGGUUUAUCUGCCACAACAUGGACCAUGUCAAAAUUAUAUGAAGAUGUAAAUUGGUCACAGAAGGAUCUCAGAGGGCCAAUUGAUGAUAUCCAGAAAUAUGUGAUCAAGAGCAAAUUGCACUGUUUCUCUACUGAUCAUCUGAAAUACUACGAGAAGGAGUUGUGUAAAAGAAAGCUAGAGGGGCACAAGCUCUCUUUCACAGACUUAUGGGGACUCUUCAUUGACUCUAUGCUACACAAUGAGGAGAAUACUCAUAAACUCUCUGAUCAGCAACUGGCAGUGAAUCAGGGGCAGAAUCCACUGCCCAUUUACCUAGCUCUCAAUGUCAGAGAUAAAUUUAGCACUCUGGAUUUUAAAGAGUGGGUGGAGUUCACGCCUUAUGAGGUGGGUUCCCUGAAAUAUGGGGCCUUUGUUCGCUCAGAGGAUUUUGGUAGUGAGUUUUUCAUGGGCCACCUGAUGAAGAAGAUCCCAGAAUCCCGGAUCUGCUUCUUGGAAGGUACAUGGAGUAAUAUAUUUUCCGAGAGUUUUAUGGAUGUUGUCUACCUCUCUGGUCAUUCCGAGGACUUCUGGCACAGAUGGACCCGAGGCACUGAGCAUCCCAUUGAGGAACACCCUGCUCUGCCCAUGAGACCUCAUGAACAGACAACUCGCUUAUCCCUUCCCAAGGGUUACCUUUCCAAUGCUCUUCGAGAAAUGCUGACAGGACGGCCAUCAGUUUCGUACUAUCAUAAUUUCCUCAAGGGCUUGCAGCUACAUAACAAGUAUUUAGAGAAUGAAAGAUUCUGCAUGUGGAAAGAUACAGUGCUUGAUUCCUCUCCCAACGAACUGAAUGCAAUGGGUGACUACCUCAAGCUGGUAGAUACAGCUUUUUUCAUCAAUACCAGCUGUCCACCAUUUUUGAGGCCAGAGAGGAAAGUGGAUGUCAUUUUGCAUUUAAAUUACAGCGGAGGAUCACAGACUCGGCCAUUGGACCUAUUUUCAGAGUACUGUUUAGAGCAAGGGAUUCCAUUCCCCUGCACAGAGCUGAGCCCUGAGGAUCGGGAGCACCUGAAGGAGUGCUAUGUGUUUGAGGACAGUUUAGAGGCACCCAUCUUGGUCUAUUUCCCACUUGUGUGUGAUACCUUCCAAAGAUACAAGGCACCGAAUGUGGAGCGCAGUCCUGCAGAGAUGGAGCAGGGAAGAGUAUGUGUGUCCAAUUCUUUUGGUCCCUAUGGUACUGGUCAGCUUACAUAUACUGAAGGGAAUUUCAACAAGCUGUUAAACCUCUGCAACUACAACAUUCUGAAUAAUAAACAUUCGAUUCUUCGGGCUUUGCAAACUGCUGUGGAACGAAAGAAGCGAUUUAAAAAUUGUUCAUCAACUCAGUCAUCUGAACUCUCUUAAAGUAUAUUCGGACAAGUCCCAUCUGGAGAUAAACAAAUGUUUUGAUAAUAGACUAACAGAUAUCCCAGCAACAUGAAUCUGUACAAAAUGAACCUCCAUGUUAACUUACUAAAAAAGAAAAACAUGUGUCUUAUUCAGAACUGUAUGGUAGGAUUAAUGCUUGUUUUGGCAUUGAUCAUAGGAAAAUCUUGAUUAGUUAGUAAGACUGUCCCUAGUGUUCCAGUGAUUGGGAAGGCAUUUAUGGAGAUAAAGGGAAGUGUGUUUCAUCCUCACAAAAGUCUGUUCCAAAUUUACAUGCAGACCUUAGCAGUAUGUGGUCUUUGAUCUAGAAAUCAAAGUGAAGAUGAAUCAAAGCAUUCCCUUGCUCAAAGAGCUCUGCUUGUGACAGAAGGUACACUAGACAAUGAAAGAUGCUUGCAUAUGGCAAAUGAUUACUGAAAAAAGGUAGAAUGGAACUGCACCUGAUGUUGUCUUCUCAGUAACCAUCUUUUAGGGAGAAGUUGAACCUUCACUGAAUUUAUGAUUCUGGCCAUCAUGGUACUGAGUCUACAUUUUUUGAGUGAUUACUAUUCCAGAGUGAUUAACAUAUAACAUAUAGGCUGAUUUUUUUUUUUUUUCCUGACAGCUCUGCGAUAAAAGUCAUUUGUCUGCAUCCAUUUUGUUGGGCUUUUUUUCUGCACUACUGCCUGCUAAGUGGAAUUUGAAGCUGAGGAUUCAGCAGUUGAGUUUUGAAUCCUACACUUUAAUAGGCUUGGACAAUAGCUUGAUGACCCAGCCUUUGGCCUUAAUCUUAUCUUCAUUUAUUAAUCUUCCUAUAUGUGCAACAAAACUUCUGCAACGGUCAGUGUGUAAGCUACUGCUACAGUUUUAUUCUCACAUAUUCAAAACACACAGGGGAGUGUGCACAAGAUUUUUGUAUAUUUUAGAUAAACGUCUGUUUAAGAAAAAGCAUUUAUAGGUCUUUCUAAGAACUUAUUUUGUCAUGUGAUUAAUCAUAUGCAGUGGAAUAGCUACCAUUUAAAUAGAAAAUAACUGUGCAUGUUGACCCUGCUCUGGGAAAAUGGUACCUGGUAUCUCCACCUCAUGUGCAAUGGAAAAUAAUUAUCUCUAUCACUCUGUCUUAGA